UGGGAGAGGGGAGGGCAGGCAGGGUGAGUGUGCCCCACAGAACCUGGGAGAGGGGAGGGCAGGCAGGGUGAGUGUGCCCGGCAGAGAGGCUGGGAGAGGGGAGGGCAGGCAGGGUGAGUGUGCCCCACAGAACCUGGGAGAGGGGAGGGCAGGGAUUGUGAGUGUGCCUGGCAGAGAGGCUGGCUGGUCUCCUGCGUGGUCCUCCUGGCUGUGACAGAGGAUGUCUCAUCCCUGCUGAGCGUGUCGAAGACGAGGAUGGGUUUUGUUCAUGUCAUGGACCCGAUGCCCCUCUGCCUGUCCCCUCGGAUGCCCUCUUCGUGCUCAAGGUGCGUUGUGGCCCAUUCCAGCCGUGCCUCAGCAGGCUGGGAGCACUGGGGCAGGUGGGGCACAUCCGCAGCUCCCAGUGCCCGGGCACCCUGCACGAUCUGCAUGGCCCCACAUUCAAUAACACGCUGGGGUGUCUGGGGGGCAGCUGUGGGGUCCGGUGUGUCCAUCCUCUGCUGCAGCCGGGACCCCGCCAGGAGCGGGGCUGUCCCGGAGGUCUCUCGGAGGGCCCUGCGCACUCAGACCUCCCCACCACGGCGGCACCGGAAGCCUGCUGGGCGUUUCUGCGGGGCUGCAAAACACUCCUCGGUGCCAAAGGAUGGCACGGCUGAGCAGAGCGAGAGUGCGGGGCACAACGGGAAGCGGCGUGGGGUUGGCGCUGUGCCAGCGGCUGCUGGAGGAGGAUGGCCGCAUCCACCUCUGCAUCGCCUGCCGCAACGAGCAGAAGAGCGAAGCCACGCGGGACCUCAUCCUGGCCACCCACCCCGCCGCCCAGGUGUCCACCGUGGAGAUGGACCUGGGUAACCUGGCCUCCGUCCUGCGGGCUGCCCGCGAGCUCCGCUGCAGGUUUCAGCGCCUGGACUUUGUCUACCUCAACGCUGGGAUCAUGCCCAACCCGCACGUGAACUUCAAGGCUCUCUGGCAUGGUCUCCUCACCGGCAAGCUGCUCCACAUGCUGACUACUGCAGAAGGUGUCAUGACCCAGACGGACAGGCUGAAUGGAGAUGGGCUUCAGGAGGUGUUUGCUACCAACCUCUUUGGACACUUUAUGCUGGUUCGUCAGCUUCAGUCUCUGCUCUGCGGUAACGAGAAGCCCUCCCGACUCAUCUGGACCUCCUCCAGCAAUGCCAGGGAGUCUGCCUUCAGCCUCUCUGACUAUCAGCAUGCCAAGGGGCAGGAAUCAUACAGUUCCUCUAAAUAUGCCACUGACCUGACAAGUGUGGUUGUGAACAGGAAAUUUAAUGGCCAGGGUCUGUAUUCCAGUGUUGUUUGUCCUGGGCUUGUCAUGUCCAACAUGACCUACAGAAUUUUGCCCAUUUUUCUGUGGAAGUUGCUAAUGCCCAUCAUGUGGUUGAUCCGAUUUUUUGCCAAAACUUAUACUCUGACACCCUAUAAUGGAGCAGAAGCUCAUGUGUGGCUGUUCAAACAGAAGCCAGAGUACCUGGAUUCUCUUGUCAAAUACCACAGCUGUACUUCUGGACUGGGGAGAUGUUAUGUGGAGCCUCGAAAGAUGGAUGUGGAUGAAGACACUGCUGAGAAAUUGUACCAGAAGCUGUUGGAACUGGAGGAGCAGACUCUAGAGAAAUACCAUGAUCUCUUAGAUUAAGUAAAGCCAGUCUCAGUGGGGUGAAAGUCUUGUAUCAGUAACAUGGGAUUUCUUCCUUCUGGUGCUACCUGUGUUGCCAGCUCUUCUGCAGGCACACAGCUUCAGACACAAUCUUCCUUCUCGACAGAAGGUGAACAGUUCCUGAAGAUGGAAGUGUGAAAACUGAAGAGAAAUACUUAGACCUUUUGCUAUAGGAUUUUUCUUUUGCAAUAAAACUGGAGACCUCGAGUAGGCAGAGUCUGUCCUAACACGGUUGCAAAGUAGUGUCUUGCAAAAGCAUGACUGAACUGUGCGUGGUUCAGGAACAGCCUCAAAACCUGUGGUUUCAAAUCUGGCUCAGUGCAGUAAAGACAGCAGUGCUUGCUGGGGUGCUGCCCUGCAUCUUGGCUCUGCUGGCGUUUGUAGAUGGCUCAAACACAUCACCUGUGGCUGAUCCUGAUGUACUUGAAGGCUCACCUUCAGCAGAGCUGCCCUUACACUUGCUCACCAAAGCUGGGGCUGUCUGUACAGACCUGUUUACUGGCAGGCAUGGUCUGCACAGCAGCUGAAACCAAGCUGCUGAAGAACUGGCCUGAGAAGCACACACCUGCCUCAGCUGAGAGAACAGACGCCUUGCUGUCACCUGGGUACGAGCAUCUGAGGGUUUUAACCAUGACUGGCUUGAAAGGAUGAUGUUAACCUGCACUCAGGGCCAGUCUGCUCUGUUUAGAGCAAGAGCGAGAGGUUACCAUGUUGUUUUAUCUAUUUAACUCUUUUUAUAUAAAUCUAUUGUACCAACCAUUCUUCCUGUUAUUUAUCUGGGGACCUUCACCAAGUACCUGCCACCAAGUAACUUCAAGUGCUGUAAUGAAUAAAUGACUGAAACUGA